UCCUUCCACCCAUCCAUCUUCUUAUCACUUUAGUCCUCUUCUCAUUGCUCUUUUCUCCAUCUCUAUCCCACCAUCAUUCCUCUCCCUUUCUCCUCAUCCUCCCACAUUUUUGCUUGUCCAACACUAUUCUUUUAUCUUCAUCCACAUUCUUCCUCUUCUUUUCCUUCCCAGCAUGUUUUCCCUUCGCUCUUGAAUCCCACUCAUCUUUCUCCUCACUCAAAAAUCUCAUCCUCUCUCCAGCUCCUCUUCACGGAUCUCUCACUCUUUCCUUUCAUCUCUUCUCCCAAUAGUCUCUCUCUCUCUCUCUCUCUCUCUCUCUCUCUCUCUCUCUCUCUCUCUCUCUCUCUCUCUCUCUCUCUCUCUCUCUCUCUCUCUCUCUCUCUCUUUCUCUCCUCCAACAGCAGAGCAUCACUGAACAGCGAAGGCAGCAGCAGCAGAGUCACUCAGCUCGGCAUCAACUCGCACCAAAGUGAGACCCUCAUUUCUUUUCCUCCCACCUUUUUUAAUUUUUGCAUCAUUCUUUUUUAAUCCCAUCUUCUUACUCAGGCUUUUUGGUCAUUUCUUCUCUACUUUUGAGCCUUCUUCCUGCUAAACUGAUCUCCCUCGGAGUGCAGCAGGAUGAGGGUACCAUGCAUCCCAAAUAGCAUUUCUGUCCUUGCUCCAACUAGAGCAUGUAGCCAUAUGUUUUCCAGUUUUUGUCUGUUUUUUGCAUCUCAUUGGGAAAAACUAGGCCAAUCUUGUGGCUUUUCCUCAGUGUGCCAACCGCUGAGCUCCAAUGUGCAUGGAUUUGAUAUUUCAAGAUGAACUGGAGGUUAAAUAUUCGAGGAUCACAACGUCAGCAUGGACUUCUCAGAUGAAUCCACUCCUGUUGCUGCCACAUUUUCAGCCACUUUCCAACCAAACUCUUCUGCGGAGAGUGUCAACCAGACGUCUUCGUCCCUAUCCAGACCCCCUUCUCUUCCUCCUCACUCUCAGGUGGCAUCUGUAUUUAUUGUGCUGGUGGUCUCUGUCAUCAUCCUGGGGACCGUGGUUGGGAAUGUGCUGGUUGUGGUGGCCGUGUUCACCAGCCGAGCCCUGAGGGCACCUCAAAACCUCUUCCUGGUGUCUUUGGCUUCAGCAGACAUCCUGGUGGCAACGCUGGUCAUCCCCUUCUCCUUGGCAAAUGAGGUUAUGGGGUACUGGUUCUUUGGUCCCACCUGGUGCUCCUUCUACCUGGCCCUGGAUGUCCUCUUUUGCACUUCUUCCAUUGUUCACCUCUGUGCCAUCAGCCUCGACCGCUACUGGUCCGUUACUAAAGCUAUCAGCUACAACUGCAAACGAACUCCAAAGCGAAUCAAGGUGAUGAUCAGCAUUGUGUGGCUCAUAUCCAUCAUUAUCUCAUCCCCCCCGCUCCUCAUGAUGCAGAAAAACAGUGAUUUUGAGGUAGAGGAUGGGCAUGAGAUGAACCGGCAGGAAUGUCUGAUCAACAACCAAACGUGGUACAUUCUCUCUUCCUGUAUGGUGUCCUUCUUUGCCCCGGGGGUCAUCAUGAUCCUUGUUUACUGUAAGAUCUACCGUGUGGCCAAGCAGCGAGCCACCACUGUGUUUGUGGCAAAGAACAUGAUGGAGCGGCAGCCAUCGCAGUCUGAGACCUGCUUUGUGGGCGCUGCACCAAGCAGCCAAAGAAAGACCAAUGCGCCAUACGAGCUGGACAGCCCUCGGCCUCCAACCCGGCGCAGAUGCUCCAACGUAGACAGCAACAGCAGCAGCAACAAAAGAGGAGAGCUUGAUGAUAUUGAUUUGGAGGACAGAAGCUGUGAUGCUGAUGUGAAAGCAUCCUUCUCUUCAUCCCUGCGAUUCCCCCGGAGAGUUUGUGGGAGGGUAAAAACGGAAGAGGUGAACGAUGCAGAGGUAACAGCCAACAAACUUAAACCCCCUCAUCCUCCACCUUCCUGCGCCUCCAUAUCUUGGGCAUCCUCUGACCAGUGCUCCCAGAACUUCCUCGUUCCUUCUCCACUGCCUCUGCGCAACAAGCAGAUGUCUAUGUCCAAAACCAAAGUGGCUCAAAUGAGAGAGAAGCGCUUCACCUUUGUUCUAGCAGUGGUGAUGGGAGUGUUUGUUCUCUGCUGGUUCCCUUUCUUCUUCACUUACAGCCUCCAAGCGAUCUGCAGGGAGAACUGCACCAUUCCAGAAACACUCUUUGACCUGUUUUUCUGGAUCGGAUACUGCAACAGCUGCCUGAACCCCAUCAUAUACACAGUUUUUAACCGUGAUUUCAGGAGGGCCUUCAAGAAGAUUCUGUUCCACACUCAUAAGGGGACGUAGGAGUGUGUGUGUGUGUGUGUGUGUGUGUGUGUGUGUGUGUGUGUGUGUGUGUGAGAAAGCGAGCGAGAGAGAGGGAGUGCACAGUUUAAAUCCUGUUUUCCACUGAGCUGUCAAACUGACAUUAAAGGGCUUGCCAUACAGCUGGAGUAUUGAUUUAUUAUUCAACUGCUUACUAAUUUAUUUAAUAAUCACUUUUUCUUUCCGAGCGUGAAAUGCUUAUAUGCCAGUUCCAUGAAGGCAGGUGCUUCAUCCAAGGAAGGCGCCUCUUCCUUGAUGCAAUCCGGGUUCAACGUUGCAUCCUGAAUUGUGUCUAAACUUGAAUGUUAAUUAGGUGAAAAUGGCUGCAGGGCAGCAAAGUUCCUCCCCCUGGACCUUCAAGAUGUCUGUAGCAAACAGCCCAACUGGCUCUGCAAUCCAUAUAUUGACACAAACCAACAAAGGCCACUGGGAGCCGAGUUAAAACAACUGUGCUUUGAAUAAAAACACAAAUAGUUUAAAACAAACUCCAGUGUCUGAGUGAAUAAAGUUCAAGCCUAAACUUCCAGCACUGACAUUUAGAUGAGCAUGCACUGUGAAAGUUACAAGUUUUUUUUUCAACAACAAUGUUCCGUUGACACGGCACGGCUUGAGGGCAAAAACAUUAAAAAUUCAUAUGCAGCUAACAGUUAAAUCCAGCUGCUGCUAACAGGGAAAAGAUGACAAAAGAUAAAGACUCGGAGAGGAGGGAACGAGAGAGCUUAACCAGACCUCAGCGUUGGAGUAACUACAAUCAAACCGGAGCUCAUCAGAGGUGGAUAAUUAUAAUCUGAAAUCAGGAUGAAACAGGCAGCUGUAUGAUUAAAAUCUAGCUAAAUGUUUCUGGAGAGCAAUAAAAAAAAUUAUGAAGUAGAUCUCUGUUUUCACCCAGACCAAUUUAAAUGGGACAAUCUAAGUCUGAUCACAUUUGUGUGCAUUCGUAAAAAGGUCUGGUUCACAGAGAAACUGCAUAUGUUCUUUUGUAAAUGUGACUGGCCACUUUCCGUUGCACAUAAGCAUGCCGAAGGUGAACAUUUUCUUCAGUCCCCAUUGCCUACAUUAGCAACAGCAAGGAAAAGGUAAGAUUGGGUCAGAAAAACCCUGUCUCAUCUAUGUCAUGGAGAACAUUUGUAUUUAUGGAAUUGCCCACCUUGACUACACAAGAAGGAUGUGUUUGUUUGUUUUUUACUUGGAGAGAGCAGAGCAAAUCUUAGCUAGCAGAAGCUAACCAUUUACAACUCCAAAACAGAAGAAGAACGAACAAAAGCAGCAACAGAGUAGCGUCAGAGGCAAGACAUUAGCACGUCAAAAUCCUGCCCCUCCACCCCACACCUCUCCUCUUAAGCCUGAUGCACCCAUAACUCUGGAACAGAGUACAUACGAGCUGUUUUUACAAAACAAUGCCAUCAUUUAGCUGCAACACUGUGGUAUCAUCAGGGAGUCUUAGGUCGUUUAUAAGUGGUCAGACCGCGACGGUAAUGUGGAGCAAUCGUGUAACCUAGUGAACUAGACCAAAUUUUUGCUUUGCAACGUUUGGUCUAGGAACUCUCCAUUGGAACCUCUGCAGCCCCUAGCAGCAUUCUGGCAGACCAACCACAGCUCUCUAGAGGGGUUUAAACACAUAGAGAGUUGUGAUUGGUUCAUAGUGGUGGGCCAAUCAUAGUGCUCUAUCUGCUUUGUGGGCCAAUCAGGGCCCUCUAUUCGUCUGGUGGAACAAGAUGGCGACAGCUUGUU